AUGUCUUUCGUACCAGAAAAUACCUACGAUCCGGAAAGCAAAAUUUGGAGUGGUCCGCUAUCUCAGAAAAAUUAUUUUUCCCCGGAUUUGUCUGUCGGAGAAAUUAUCUUUAACGAAAUGCGUAGACAUCCUCAACUUAUAGCUCAGGUUUCGGACACCGAGAACACAAUUUUAACGUGUAAUGAACUUUGCCUGAACUCCAUGAGAGUGGCCAGCUAUAUGCGACAAUUGGGCUUAAAACAAUCGGAUAUUGUUGGCAUUAUAGGCAGAAAUACGACACACAUAUUUGCAGUAGUCUAUGCCUGUUUUUUCAAUGGCAUUGCCUUCCAUUCACUUAACAUCAAGUAUGAAGAAAAGACAAUUGAAAACCUCUAUAAAAUAACUAAGCCUUCUCUAAUCUUCUGCGAUGGCGAUGAGUACGAGAAAGUUCAAACGGCGACCAAGGAUUUGAAUGUGAAAAUUAUCACAAUGCGUAAUCAUACAAGUGAAUCAGUAACUAUAGAAGAAGUGCUUACUACUCCCAUAGUAGAGGGCUUUAAACCAGUGCGCCUUGAGCAAGGAACCAAUCAGAAUUUGGCCAUACUCUGUUCUUCGGGAACUACUGGUGAUCCGAAAGCAGUAACUAUAUCAAAUAGUCAUUCUUUGUUCAAGUUCAGCGAUCAACUUACCUCGGCCGAUGUCGUAUACACGCACAGCACAUUGGAUUGGUUGGCGGGUCUUGGCAUGACUAUAUUUUGUGGAAUAUUUAAUCCCACUCGCAUCAUCGCCGACAAUGAUUACGAUCCUAUUCGGGUAAUGCGAAUCGUUGAGAAAUACAAAGUUACCUGGCUCCAUCAGGCUCCCUCACAUAUGAGUUUAUUGGUGAAUUCAGAAGAGUUUCCCAAGGCCGAAUUCUCUAGUGUACAGCAUUAUCUCUACGGAGGAUCGCGGUGUUCACUACAGUCACAACAGCUUUUACGCAGUCGUUUAUCAAAGGAUUGCAUGCAUUUCACCUAUGGGUUCACUGAGUUGGGCAGUGUGGCAACUGCAAAUUCCCAUUUUGACAAGAAACCCGAUUCAUCGGGUCGUUUGUUAGGAGGAUUUAAGAUGAAGAUACUCAAUGAACAAGGCGAAUCUUUGGGACCCAGUGAAGUGGGCGAGGUGUGCAUGAGUAAUGGUCAGUAUUGGGCUGGUUAUUAUGGAAACCCUCAGGAGACGCGAAAUAUGUGUGACUCUGAUGGAUGGUUUCAUAGUGGCGACUUGGGUUACAUGGAUGAAGAUGGAUUUUUGUACAUAGUCGAUCGUAAGAAGGAUAUGCUGAAAUGCCACCACAUUAUGUAUUAUCCUCAUGAGCUUGAAACUGUCAUCGCACAAAUGCCUGAUGUAGCCGAAGUCUGUGUUUUUGGCGUGUGGUCUGAUGUCAAUGGAGAUGAACCAGCUGCAGCGGUUAUCAAAAGGAUCGGCAGUACUCUAAAAUCCCAAGAUGUAGUGGACUAUGUAAGGAAACAUGUUAAAGCCAGUUACAAGCAAUUGCUUGGUGGAGUUCUAAUUGUCGAUGAUCUAAAGCGAAGUCCGAAUGGCAAAACGAAUCGAAGAGCCAACAAGGAGUAUUUCUUGAAAGUAAGAAAAGCAAACUAG